AUGCAAACCCCCACCCCGGGGCCUCGGGACCAUGCAAACCCCACCCCCGGGGACUCGGAACCAUGCAAACCCCCCACCCUCGGGGCCUCGGGACCAUGCAAACCCCCACCCCCGGGGCCUGGGGACCAUGCAAACCCCACCCCCGGGGCCUCGGAACCAUGCAAACCCCCCACCCCCGGGGCCUCGGAACCAUGCAAAUCCCACCCCCGGGGCCUCGGGACCAUGCAAACCCCCCACCCCCGGGGCCUCGGAACCAUGCAAACCCCCACCCCGGGGCCUCGGAACCAUGCAAAACCCCACCCCCGGGGCCUCGGGACCAUGCAAACCCCCAUCCCCGGGGUCUCGGGACCAUGCAAACUCCUACCCCCGGGGUCUCGGAACCAUGCAAACCCCCCAACCCCGGGGCAUCGGGACCAUGCAAACCCCCACCCCGGGGCCUCGGGACCAUGCAAACCCCCACCCCCGGGGCCUUGGGACCAUUCAAACCCCCACCCCGGGGCCUCGGGACAACUGUAG